ACUAAUCUGGUAAACUGAGCUCAGAUAUCUUAAAAUUGAACCUAGAAGUAGAACUCCAUCUCAAACCCCAAAAAACCCUUCUUUGAUCACUUCCAAAGAGAAAAUUAUGCUGAGAAAGAUUGCAGUUGUGUUGUUCGUUGGAAUUUUAGGAUGGGUAUAUCAAACAAUCACACCACCACCUCCAAAAAUUUGUGGGUCUGUAAAUGGUCCACCAAUCACUUCACCAAGAAUCAAGCUAAUUGAUGGUAGACAUCUUUCUUACAGAGAAUCAGGUGUACCCAAAGAGAAAGCUCAGUUUAAGAUCAUACUUAGUCAUGGUUUUAGUGAUUCCAAAGAUUUUUAUCUUAGGGCUUCUAAAGAAGUAAUUGAGGAGCUUGGAGUGUAUAUGUUGACAUUUGAUAGAGCUGGGUAUGGAGAAAGUGACCCAAACCCUAGAAGGUCAGUGAAGAGUGAUGCAUUUGAUAUUCAAGAGCUAGCUGAUCAGUUGGAGAUUGGAGAUCAGUUUUACAUUGUUGGGGUUUCAAUGGGUGCUUACCCAGUUUAUGGUUGUCUUAAAUACAUACCAAUUAGGAUUGCUGGUGUAUCUUUAGUAGUUCCAUUGAUAAACUUUUGGUGGCCGUCUUUUCCUGCGGAUAUAUCCGAAAGGGCCUUUAAGGGACUGCUCUUGCAAGAUCAAUGGACAUUUAGGGUAGCACAUUAUGCACCUCAAUUAGUUUAUUGGUGGUUGACACAGAAAUGGUUUCCUUCAUUGGCUGCUUUAGAGGGGAAUAUAGAGAUUUUUAGUAACUCAGACCGAAAGAUGUUGAAAAAGAUUGCAGAAAACCCGAAUCCCAAUCAGGAAAAGGUAACGCAGCAGGGUGUUUUUGAGUCUCUGCAUAGAGAUUUAAUGGUUGGUUUUGGAAAUUGGGGUUUUGAUCCCUUGGAAUUGAAGAAUCCUUUUCCUGGAAAGGAAAAUGUUGUUCAAAUUUGGCAAGGUCAUGAAGAUAGGGUUAUUCCAUUUAUGCUACAACGCUAUGUUUCAGAAAGACUUCCAUGGAUUAAGUAUCAUGAGGUUGUUCAUGGUGGUCAUUUAAUGCCUUACAAUACCACGAUAUCAGACGCCAUCUUAAAAUCACUAUUGAUAGGAGAAGAACCAUCUUUUGUAUGACAAAUUCUCUGUCACAUAGAGUAUAAAUGAAAUACUUGCAAUAAAGUUUGAAGUACUUUGUAGUUUGUAUAUGUAUAAAUAUGUUGUAAUACUUUAUUUGCUUCAUUUCUCCUAGUCUGUCGCUCAUCGUGCUAAGGUGUAACAGUAUGAAACAGUAUGCAUCUUUGUAUGCAGUUAUAUAAGCGUUAACAGCUCAUUGUGAUAUUAUCUAAUAUUAAGGAAACUUUCAUUGUAAUUUUACCAAGAAUAUCGAUGUACUUAUCUAGUCAUCCCUCUCAAGCUUUAAACACGAAUCUUUGAUUUGA